AUGUCUCUUCCGAAAACAUUGGCACAGAUCCUCUUUGUAGGCACACAAAUCGUCGGCAGGGCAUUGCUAGAAGCCGGGCGACAAGCAGGCAGAAAUGCGCGGGCAGGCAGAGUAGAAGCUUCGGCAGCCGGUGCUGCAGGUGUAGGAUCAGGAUCAGCCGCAUCACCUUCGGACCAGCUCACAAGAACACACCGAAUGACGCUCGACGAGGCCAAGCUCAUCCUUAACCUCAAGCAGGACGUCUCGGCAGCAGGACUUGGGGGCUCAGCAUCGGCAGCAGCAGGUGCAGCAGCGGGCGAGGGCAAGUCAAUACUCGAUCAGGUGCGCGAGGCUAUGGUCAAGAACUACGACCACCUCUUUGCAACCAACGCCCCACCUGCACCCAAGGGACAGAAGGGCGGUGGAGCAGGUUCGUUCUACAUUCAGAGCAAGGUUGUUCGAGCUCGCGAGAGGAUCGAAGCUGAGUGGGGACUUUUGGAUGCAGGAAAGAAGGCUGAAGCUGAGGCAUCGGAGGGUCCGGCAGCCGAGAACAAGCCGGAUCAGGCCGACAAGAAGCCAUGA